GAUCUUACGCGCGGCGCGUCUCGGUUCUCAGUGUCUCGGAGCCCACGUUCCAAUUUGUUGUCUGUUUAUGAUAGAUUUUCCCUUCACAUAAUUUUCGUCUCUCGAAUGCAUACAAGCCGUAAUAACGAAGAAUAAUCCCUACUCAACAUUAAGAUUGUCUCAAUUUUCCAUUUAUAGUGUGUGAAGUGAAGAUAACGGUUUUAAUCAAAUACUGACUACUUCUUUUGACAAAGUUUUGAUCGGGGCGUCCCCACGUGAUAUGGGUUGUCGGCCUUCUGUUGAGUCACAACGAGAACAGUCAAUGAUUUAUAAUUGUCGUAGAAUUUUAUCAACUGUCAGUUGAAUCAGUUACUACAGUUUCAAGUGAUUAGUGAAAGAUUCCUGGUAUUAGGAUUUCCACAUAGUGUCGAUCGAAAGAUUUCUUGUUACGAAAAAUCCGUCGGUACUGCAGUUAACGAUGCAGCAUCACUGCCAAAGUGAUUGUGCCUAAACUCGAAAAGGAUAGGCGGAUCUUAGAGAUUUGCCAGCAAGCAGACUAAGGAACACCUUUCAUUGUCAAGAAGUUCCAUUGUUGACAUUGGAAUGUUGUUCGGCUGGAUCAAGGGGGUACACAAAUGCUCUGGACAUAAUAAUAGGCUUGUGUGCAAAUCAUGGAGUUCUUCGGGAUAUUCCAAAUCUACUUCAAAAUAUAACAUAUUUCUGAAUCAUCGUGAAUGUUAAAACUUUUGAUAACAACAAGAUUCUUUAAAUGGAGAGACUAGCGGUACUUGGAUAUCAAAAUCUACGGUGAAAUCAUCCAUGCGACGUUUAAGUCGUCAAAGAAAACGUCGUCGAGGAGUAAGAGCGAUUGUUCGACAUUAUUUUCAAAAAUGGAGCCAAAGAGAGAAAACCACUGGCCGUUUCUAGAUUUACUGCGCCAGCUACUCAUGUUGCUAUUCAUAACACAUUGUAUUGGUCAAGAAGACUGGGAAAAUUGCCCACCAUGCAAAUGCUUAUGGUUUUCGGGUAGAAAGACAGCAGAAUGUAUGAGAAAGAAUCUCAAUCAUGUUCCCGAAUAUUUGUCAUCGGAAAUACAAAGUUUAGAUUUAACCGGAAAUCGAAUUCAAAAUUUGCACGAGGAGGCCUUCAGUAAGGUUAAUUUGGUGAAUUUGCAAAAACUAUUCAUGAGGGAGUGUGCCUUAGAGUCGAUAGACGCAAAAGCCUUUAAGGGGCUCAAAAUUGUGAUAGAGAUCGAUCUCUCGGGAAACAAAAUUAAGCAACUGUAUGCGGGAACGUUUUCGGAGACGCAGAGACUUCGAGUAUUGUUUCUUAAUCACAAUCAUCUCGAAACCCUAGAAAAUGGUCUCUUUGAUAAUUUGACUUUUCUGCAAAGAGUUGUUUUAUCCAACAAUAAAAUAAACCGGGUCGGUGAAAAAACUUUCUACAACCUGCCUGGCCUCCAAACUUUAACUCUGGAUGGAAACAAUGUAAGUUGUGUUAAGUUGAUUACUUUUGAAACGCUUCCUAAGCUGGGAAGCUUGGAGCUCCACAAUAAUCCAUGGAACUGUAACUGUCAUUUGAAAAAAUUAAGAGACUGGAUGAUUGAGGGAAAGCUUUACACAAAGCCAACAACAUGCAAACAGCCAGUGAAUCUUGCCGGGAAAAUGUGGGAUGAGGUGAGCAGCGACCAAUUUGCUUGUCAACCGAGAAUCAAGACUAUAAUUCCAAGCACGAAAAUAGUUCAAGCGGAAAAAGGAGACGAUGUGAUGCUGAAUUGUUUAGCUGUUGGAAUACCUCGACCGCAAAUUAUUUGGGUUCAUCGAACGCGGGUUUUAAACAAUUCAACGAGACGACACAGUGGCGACAGUGAAAAAGGUUACUUUCUAACAGAGAUCAACGGCUGGACCAAUUUGACUGUUCCAGACGUAACAUUAGCAGACAAGGGAGAUUACGCAUGUAUAGCCCAGAGUCCAGGAGGAUUAGCUCAAGAAAAUGUAACUGUAGUUAUCAUAGGUGAUACAUUCGAUGGAAGGGAUUCCAUUACUAGUUUGCCGCUUGCUCUAGGUAUUGGUGUAGCAGCGCUACUUUUCCUUCUGGUAGCAAUGACUCUUUGUAUUUUCUAUUGUCGCCGUAAACAACCGAUCCUGCUAGGUGAAAAAAAUCACGAUGUUGGUUCCUUGGAACAGCAUGGGCUAGGAGAACAAGAAAAGUCUUUGAUUGCUGCGAUGAAUCCAACAACGGCAGUGACAACAACAACAUUAGUGAAGCCAGUCAGACGCUAUGAUGCUCCUUCCAUUACAUCUCAUGGUACAGAAAUGACUGAACUCAAUAGAACUCUAUUGGACAACGACUCUGUUUUUGCCGAUGGCAUGGGAGGAAUUGCGAAUGGCAUUGGUGAUGAUGAAAGAGAACAGACAUCUCCCGAAUUGGAGAAUGGGAUGCUUUCCCAUAAUUCUAAUCAUUAUAUUAGCAGACAGUACCCGCCAGACUUGCUUGCUUUUUCAGGCAUUCGUGGCUGUUCUCCUACCAGUCAGGCUUCCACAGCUCCUGACAAUUCGCGUCUUCUCAAUCAGAAUCUAACAGGGCCAUUUGGGUCUCCGUCGUCACUGUAUGCGAGUAAUAUUGGCGCGGGUGGUGGAUUCAAAACUUUACCCCACAAUCGCAGUGGGACACCUUACUGUACCACCACCAAUGGUAGUUCCACAAUUCCAGUCUUGCCUCGUCAAGGCUACGUGACAAUACCUAGAAGACCACGUGCUCCCAGUUGGAGCAGCGGGCCACCAACCUCGCCUACUGAGACUGAUGAACUUGUCGAACCCGUAUAUGACAAUUUAGGCUUGCGUACUACUGCUGACGGCAGCUCAGUUAUCUCACUGAAUAAAAGUCCAGAGCCAGUGGGUGGAUGUAUGCGAAGUCGUCCUUUGCCAGGAACUCCUAAUCAAACAAUCAGCCAUUCCGUGCAGCGUGGCUCACCUAACAUUAUUAGUAGCCCAUUGGAUAGAGCAGCUCCUGAAGGUGCUGCGGAAUGGCCCGUAAAAUUGAAUGAUGAAAUGGAGAAUCACCAGCAACAGCAACAACAAUCACCACAGUCCACUGUUGGUGCUUUAGGGCGAAAGGUACCGCCAAGACCACCUCCUAAGCCGAAGAAAAAGUCAGCCAAUGGUCCCCUUUAUGAAGAUGAAGGCGAGGAUGGCACAGAAGUAUGAUAUUAUGGACGAGGGUGAAGGUCAAUCCUGCUCCUUCGUCUUAAAACAACAAACGUUCAAUAACAUUCAGUCUGCGAACCAGCAGUGCCUUGUCGAAAAGAAAAAAGAGAGAGAGAGAGGAAGGGAGAGAGAAAGAGAGAGACAGAUGAACAUUUAGUAUGAUAAGUCACACGAUUUUAAUACAUUUUUAAGAUUAUUAUCGUGCGCAGAGCUUCCAUUUACCACAAGACAAGUAAGCACACUAGGGUUAAAGGUGACCAAUAAUUAAUGGCGAUGAUGUGGUAUAAUUUAAUAAUGUACCUAGGAUUUAGAUUUCGUGGUGCAUUCUUUUAGCGCAAAGAAUUUUAAAGCAGCAGCUUGACAGAUCCUUCUCUGUACCAGUAUUGUCGAAAUAAAAAGAAUGAGAGAGAUAUAAGGAGAGAGGGGUAAAGAAAGAAUGAUAUAAAUUAUUUUUUAAUGAGAUUUAUUAUCUUGUUUCACCAUUUUUUUAACUUUUGUAUAUGUAUUUUUUACGUAAUUAAUAAUUUUUCAAAUAAAACUAAACCCAUUACAAGAUUAUUAUUAUGUAAUUAAAUUUUUAUGAUUCUUAUUUUUUGACUAUUUAAAGUAUAGCAGCCUUCAAUACAUUUACAAACACAUAAUAUAUUAUAUAUGUACUUUUGAUCAGAAUUUUCGCCUUUUUUAGUGGCGGAUUAAUCACUUUUUCAUGCUUCAAUUAUGUUUUUAAAUAGAUGACAAUUUCAGAUAUAGCUUUACAAAGAGGUUUGUUCGUAAUGCAAAUUGAUUUUAAAUAACCUAUAGAGGGAUUUCAGUCAACUAAAGGCCACGUAACGAGUACAACAGCUGAUCAAGUCAGCCCUAAGAUCAAUAUUGUGUUA